AUGGAAUCUACUACAUUAGAUCAUAAGAAUAAUAACCAAAAUAUAGAUGAUAAUUUAUUUGAAUUACUGAAACAACAAUCACAACCAGAAAAUAAUAAUAAUAAUAACAAUAGUAAUAAUAAUAAUGAUGAUAAUAGCCAUUCGCUUGGUGAAAAAAGACCAUUAGAUCAAGAUCAAGAAGUACAAGAGAAUAAUGAUUUUAAAAAACCAAAGAUAGAAGAUUCUUUAUCUCCAACAUAUAUAAAUGAAGAACCAUCAAAUAAUAUUCAAGAUCAUGACGAUUCAGAUGUAAGUCAAGUUAAACAAGUCAAACAUGAAGAAAAUGGUCAUAAGGAAGAAGGUAUAAAAGAAGGUAUAAAAGAAGUUAAUAAUACAGAAGAACCAUUUGAUCCUGCUUUACAAGAAAAUAAAGAACCAGAUGCCAAAUCAGUUUCUCAAACCCCUCAACAACAACCAGAAAUUACCGAAUCAACUCCAUCAUAUUUAAAAGACCCACCCGCUCCAAAACCAGAAACUCCAAUUAUUACUUCUGAAAAUCCAUUACCACCACAUCAAGAAAAAUAUAUACUAAAUUCAAUAAAAUCAAUUAAAAGAUUAAAAGAUGCCCGUCCAUUUUUAAAACCAGUUGAUGUUAUUAAAUUAAAUAUACCAUAUUAUUAUAAUGUAAUACCUCAACCAAUGGAUUUAUCUACAAUUGAAUUGAAAUUGAAUAAGAAAUGUUAUUCAACACCACAAGAAGUUCAUUCUGAUUUUAAUUUAAUGGUUAAUAAUUGUAUUAAAUUUAAUGGACCACAAGCUGCGAUUUCCAAAAUGGCAACUAAUAUACAAGGAUAUUUUGAAAAAAAUAUAUUAAAUAUUCCAGCAACAAGCUCUGAAUUAAUCAAUAAUAAUAAUAAUAAUAAUAAUAAUAAUAAUAUUAAUAAUAAUAAUAAUAAUAAAAGUAAUAAAAGUAUUUCUCCUUCAUCUAAUCAUCAUAAGAUAGAUUCAGUAGCUAGUUCAAGACCAAGAAGAAGUAUAAAUCCACCAAAAUCAAAAGAUAUAACAUAUAAUUCAGAAUCAAAACCAAAAUCAAAAUAUACAAGAGAUUUAUUAAAAUUUUGUCAACAAAUAUUGAAAGAAUUAAUGAGUAAAAAACAUGCAAGUUAUAAUUUUAUAUUUAUUGAACCUGUUUCAAGAGAAUUAUAUCCUCAAUAUUAUGAAGUUAUUAAAAAUCCAAUUGAUUUAGGAACAAUUUCAAAUAAAUUAAUUAAUAACACUUAUAAUAAUGAAAAUGAAUUUUAUUCAGAUAUGGAAUUAUUAUUUAAAAAUUGUUAUACUUUUAAUCCUGAAGGAACUGAAGUUAAUAUUUUAGGUCAUAGAUUAGAAAAUUCAUUUAAUAAAUUAUGGGCAAAUAAACCAAUACCACAAUCUGAAUUAUCAGAUGAAGAAUCAUCAGAUGAAGAAGAAAUUACCGAAGCUAUGUUGAAUGAAAUACCAGCAAUUAAAUUUCUUGAAAAUCAAGUUAUCAGAAUGAAACAAGAAUUACAAGAAUUAAAAGCAGAUCAUUUAAAACAAUUACGUCAACAACAAGCAGAAAGAAGAAGAAAGAAGAAUAGAAAAGGUGGUAAAGGUGGUAAUAAUAAACGAAAAUCAAUUGGAUCAAAAACAAAAUCAACUCCACCAUUAUCAUUACAACAAGUACCAACUCCACCACCUCAACAACAACUUCAAUCACAACAAGUAUCUACUCCAAAAGAAUUAUCACAAAAUUUACCUGUUGUUACAUAUGAAAUGAAGAAACAAGUUUCAGAAAUUGUUCCAACGUUAUCAGAUAAGAAAUUAAAUUCACUUAUAAAAAUAAUUCAAAAUGAUAUAAAUAUUUCCAAUGAAGAAGAAGUUGAAUUAGAUAUGGAUCAAUUAGGAGAUUCAACAGUUUUAAAAUUAUAUGAUUUUUUAUUUGGUAAUAAAUCAAGUAAAUCAAAAAAGAAACAACAAAGUAAUAAUGUUGAUGAUAUUGCAAAUUUAAGAUCACAAUUAGCAUUAUUUGAUGAUCAACAAAAUAAUUCACAAAAUAUUAUGCCAAUUACAAAUAAUGAAUCUUCAGAUGAUGAUGAUCAAACAUCAGAAUCAUCAGAAGAAGAAUAA